CACUACCACCUGGCAGACAGCCGGUUCCUCGACAAGUUGCCGUAGCUACACCCAGCCGGAAACAAAUCUUUGUGCGGUGCGCUCGCGGCGGGAGCGCGCAGACACACAAACACGCAAACAUUCGGCCCCUCCGCUCCACCGCACGCCUGGGCUGGACGGCCGAUGAGAUCGCGUCAAUGCAAGUGCCAGCUGAAACAGCUCCCUGCCCACGCCGUCAACCCUCAUGCCCACUCGUUGCCCGUAAGCGCUGCUUGCGGCGCAGCAUGCAGUGCACGGCUGCAGACCCGUGUUGCGUGCCUCCUCCCUCGCCGUUCCACAGGGCCACGAUGUUUCUCGAGAGCCGCCAGGAAACAUUCCAGCACACGCUCGACAGCCGCGCGCCGUGCAACAAGGCGCAGUUAUUUCGGGCUGUGGAGCGUAUCGAAAACCAAAUUUCCCACCCUUGCAAGAUCGUCCGGCUGCGUUUGAUCGCUGCCGUCAUCGUGUUCUUAUUGUCGGACCCUCUUGCCUCGUCAAACGCACAGGCACGUGUUUUUCAGCAACCUGUUCAUGCACUCCCCACCGCGUUGAAUCAGGAGGAACAUCAAUUUUCCGCCUGGACCUUCAUUUACCUGACGCACCGCCCGCGGAUCGGAGAUAGGCUGCCUGGCUCUUGGUCAUCGUUGCACGGCUUUUCUGCUGAAGCCCACUCAAACGUCCGUAGUUGCAGAAACCUUCCUCGGCGGCCGAUAUAUAUUCCGCUUGCAGACGCAUAACAGAACAUGCAGAUGAGCACCUCAACAGGCAACUUGUACGCUCGGCGACCCUCCAUAUCAAGCAGGCAAUGAUCUAUUGAUGGCAAGAGGUGCCGCAAACUCGGUCGCCAUCGGCGACUUAGCGCACCGUCUGGAGAGCUCGCACCGCUAAAGUCCUGAGUUUCACCGAGUACACGGUAGCACGAGGUCGCAUGUGUCCGUAUAUGGAGCUUUUCGUUCGUCCCGUGCUCCUGCACCGCACGUCUCCAUCACGUCCGUCAAGAUUUGGUCUUGAGUUGGGAGUGGAAAGUUUAAGCUAGGAGCCGUGCCG